AUGGAUCCCAUGCAUGCAGGAAUGCGCUACCAUCCGAAAUCUUCGGAUAAGGACAUGGACCAAACAGUUACAUUCCUGCAAGCAACAGACUCCAAAAAGUUGGAGAAAAAAAAGCGUCCAGGGAAGAUUGGUGCUAUCAUUGGCCUUGUGGUCCUCCUAGGCGUCAUAGCUUUGAUGACAGGACUGCUGGUCUGGCAUUUUCAUUACCGAAAUAAUUCAAAUGUAAAGAAGAUGUACAGUGGAACUAUGCACAUCACAAACCAAGCUUUUCAGGAUGAUUAUAUGAACCCUGAUAGUGCAGCGUUUCAGGCACUGGCCAGUCAGGUAGUAGGUCAGUUGUCGGAAAUCUACGCAAGAACUCCACAGAUGUCCAAGUAUUACUUGAAUUCUACUGUACAUGCCUUCAGUGAGGGCAGUGUAAUAGCAUAUUACUUGUCAGAGUUCAACGUUCCACCGGCACAGGUGGCAGCUGUGGAUGAUAUAAUGAGCACCAUGAAUGAAACCAUGAACAAACAGCGCCGCUUAACCGGACCACAAGGAAAUUUGAUCUUUGACAGCAUAGUUUCUUCAGCUGUUGAUUCACGGAUGAUCACAAAAGCCGAUAAAAAAAGGUACAGCAUACAAAUUAGGUCUAAUGAAGUCUUGGAUAUCAGGUCACCUGGAUUUCCCGACUACCCAUACCCGGCCAACACAUUUGUGCAGUGGCAGUUUCGAGCAAAUCCUGACAAUGUUGUAAAGCUGGAAUUCACAAGAUUUGAUCUGGAGGCAAACUGCAGCAAUGAUUUUGUUAAAGUUUAUGACUCACUGAUGCCAGUUGAAAGUCUUAUCAUGGCUGAGAAAUGUGGAAAAUACUUUUUACCUGACAAUCCUCUUAGCUUUAUCUCAUCAAGAAAUGUCAUGUUGUUAACGCUGAUAACCAAUGAAGUGGACAGCUAUACUGGCUUCCAGGCUAAAGUGUCACAGAUGCCUAAAAGUAAGGCAAGAGAUUUAUCAUGUGGUGGAACUCUGACAGGACUUACUGGAACCUUUACAUCACCACACUUUCCAUCAUAUUACCCUGCAAAUAUUAGGUGUGAAUGGACAAUUCAGGUGCCAUCUAAUAUGCAUGUGAAAGUUUUAUUCUCUAAAUUCAUGAUGUCUGUGGGUGACCCAAAGACGUGUCCAAAAGACUAUGUCCAGGUCAAUAAUGAAAAGCUGUGUGGUACCUUACCAUCGAGCACAAUACGGGCCGGUACCUCAAACCAAAUGACUGUAGUCUUCCACUCUGAUGCCUCAUAUGUGGAUCGAGGCUUUAAUGCUACCUUCAUGGCCUUCGAGCCCAGUAACCCAUGCCCAGAAAAGUUCCUAUGUAACAAUAAACGCUGUAUCAAUCCUGCUUUGAAAUGUGAUGGCUGGAAUGACUGUGGAGACAGCAGUGAUGAGAGGGAUUGUCAGUGUGAUUCUACCAUGAUUAAGUGUGGAAAUGGUCUAUGUAAGCCAAUGUUCUGGAUGUGUGAUUCCGUUGAUGAUUGUGGAGACAAAACUGAUGAAAUGAACUGUGGCCGCUGUAAGGCAGGUGAAUUUGAAUGUAAAAAUGGAGUCUGUAUCUCAGAGAAACUAAGGUGCGAUGGACAAAGUCAAUGUAGUGAUAAGUCUGAUGAAGAGAACUGUGGAAAAUCAACUACAUGUAUGGAAAGUUCUUACCGGUGCAAGAAUGGUGAGUGCAUCAGUAAAGAGAACCCAGAGUGUGAUGGAAUAGAGGACUGCACUGAUAAGUCUGAUGAAGACUUCUGUGGUGUAUGUGGGAUGCGCCCUUUUAAGACCUCACGUAUUGUGGGUGGACAGGAUGCUACAGAGGGGGAGUGGCCUUGGCAAGUCAGCCUUCACGUAAAAAAUCUUGCCCAUGUGUGUGGUGCAUCGAUCAUAAGUGAGAAAUGGUUGGUCACUGCCGCUCACUGUGUACAAGAUGAUGCUAAAUUAAGGCUCUCUCAGCCAGAAUCAUGGGAGGUGUACCUGGGCCUUCAUACUCAGAAACAGAAGGACAAGGCAGAAAAGCGCUUACUCAAAAAAGUCAUUGCUCACCCUAAUUACAAUGAAUACACCUUUGAUUAUGACAUAGCUCUUAUGGAGCUGGACAAACCUGUCACCUUCACAAACACAAUUAGACCUGUCUGCCUGCCCUCCUCCACCUAUGUCUUUCCUAUGGGCAAAUCGGUCUGGAUUACCGGCUGGGGUGCCACGAGAGAAGGGGGCUCUGGUGCGACAGUGCUGCAGAAAGCAGAAGUGCGCAUCAUUAACAGCACUGUAUGUAAUGAUCUGAUGAAAGGACAAAUCACCUCACGCAUGACCUGUGCUGGAGUCCUUUCUGGAGGGGUAGAUGCCUGUCAGGGUGACUCAGGAGGUCCUAUGUCUAGUUCUAAUAAUGGAGGUCGCUUUUUCUUGGCUGGUGUGGUGAGUUGGGGUGAUGGCUGUGCCCGCAGAAACAAACCUGGAAUUUACACCACAGUCCCCAAAUUCCGUGCUUGGAUUAAAGAGCAAACAGGAGUAUAAAUCAAGACAAAAAGUGAGGGUAUUUUAGUUACAAAAGCAUUUUGCAAAACAUGCUGAUUGCUGACUGUCCUCUCGGUCAAAUACAAACACAUGAAAAAUAGAGCCAUGUUUAACCAUGUGGAAAUGUUAAAUAUUAAAACACAGAAAUAAUGUUGCCCACAGACCCACCACUCAACCUGUAUAUUAGGAGCAGGAUUUGUAACUCUAUUAUCUGCACAAUUUAGUAAUUUCAGCCAGCAAUUUUAUGUAAUGUACCUAACCUACAGACUUUUAUGUUCUUAAUAUUUUUGUUGAAGGGUCAAUUGUCUUAAAUGUGUAUAUUGUAUAAAGGGAAGUUUUAAGAUUUUUUUUUUUUCCCAAAUUUCUGUAAAUAAAUCUCCUAUAUCUUUUUUUUUAACAUUUGUUAGUAAUGUAAUUUUAAUGUUUUCCAGUCAUUUUUAAUGUCUAGGAUAUUUUUAAGGAUACUGUGAUGCUGUGUGUGGGUAUUUACUUGAUUAUUUCAAGGAUAUAUUCCUUAAUCUUUUAGUCAUCAA